UCUCAAGAUUUUAAGGUAUUUUCCCCAAUUGGUUCAGGAGGAUCUGCUUCGGUUUAUGCUGCAUAUUGGAAAAGUACCCAAACAAAAUUUGCAAUUAAAAAAUUUGCCGAAGGUUCUACAAAAGAAAUUAUUUUGAAUGAGAUUCAUUUGAUGGGAAUUAUGAGAAGAAAAGUCGACUUUCAUCCAAAUAUAAUUAGAUUUUAUGGAAUUACGAAUUUUGAAGGAUGUUGGGAGCAUGAACCAGACAAGAGACUAGAUAUUGGUCAAGUAAUUUCGGACCUUAACAGUAUAGAUCCUAAAAGUCAUGUUAAUUCUAAAGAUAAUUAUGAAAGUGAAAUAAUAGAUGAAGACGAAUUGGAUCCUAAAAGUCAUUUUAAUUCUAAAGAAAAUGAUGAAAGUGAAAUAAAGAUGACGAAUUUUUAA